CAGUUGACGACAGAGGCGGGGAGGGGGGCAAGCCCUGAUGCUGCUGCGCCCGAGUCGACGAGAUCCGCGGUCCGCGACGCACGAUUCACACCGGUCGAGCUGAAGAUGGUAGCGGUGCACGCCUCUGCGCACUCCGUGGCCUCCUCAGAGUGGAUCAUCUGCCUGGACAAGAGGCCAGCAGAACGAUCGGGAGAAGAUGUGGAUAUAAUUCUGGCUCGGCUAAAGGGUGUGAAGGCCUUUGAGAAGUUUCACCCCAACCUGCUGCAGCAGAUCUGCAUGUGUGGCUUCUACGAGUACCUGGAGAAAGGCAUCACCUUGUAUCGGCAGGGUGACAUCGGUACCAGCUGGUACGCUGUUCUGUCUGGAUCUCUGGACGUGAAAGUGUCUGAGACGGCCAACCAUCAGGAUGCGGUAACGAUCUGUACUUUGGGAGUGGGCACAGCAUUUGGGGAGUCAAUUCUGGAUAACACUCCUCGACAUGCCACGAUUGUCAGCCGAGAAAACAGUGAACUUCUACGCAUCGAACAGAGGGAGUUCAAAACCCUGUGGGAGAAAUACAGGCAGUGCAUGGCAGGGCUGCUCGCCCCGCCGUAUGGAGUGAUGGACAGUGGGGCUACAAAUGAUAGAAUGCCGGACAAAGAGAAUCUCAACAGUGACCCUCUCAAUUUUAUGUCAAAAAACCUGAAUAAGGUCCCGUCAGAGAAGAUUUUGAGGGCAGAAAAAGUCUUACGUAAUGCUAUCCUGGCCAGGGCUCCCCACAUGAUCAGAGAUAGAAAAUAUCAUCUGAAAACCUACAGGCAGUGUUGUGUCGGCACCGAGCUGGUCGACUGGCUGCUUCAGCAGAGCUCGUGUGUUCACAGUCGGGCUCACGCUGUGGGAAUGUGGCAGGUGCUGCUGGAGGAAGGGGUCCUGAAUCACGUCGACCAUGAGCUCAACUUUCAAGACAAGUACCUCUUUUACCGUUUCCUUGAUGACGAGGAGGAGGAUGCAGUGUUGCCUAGCGACGAUGAGAAACGUGAGGCUGAGGAAGAGCUGCAGGAGACCCUCCUCUUCCUCUCCCAGAUCGGCCCUGACGCGCACAUGCGAAUGAUCCUCAGGAAACCGCCAGGUCAAAGAACAGCGGAAGACCUGGAGAUUAUUUAUGAUGAGCUGCUGCAUAUCAAAGCUCUCUCUCAUCUAUCUAACACUGUGAAGAGGGAGCUCGCUGGUGUCCUCAUCUUUGAGUCACAUGCCAAAGCAGGCACUGUCUUGUUUAAUCAAGGCGAGGAAGGCACUUCUUGGUAUAUUAUCCAGAAGGGAUCAGUAAAUGUUGUUAUCUAUGGCAAGGGUGUGGUGUGUACGCUGCAUGAAGGAGAUGAUUUUGGCAAACUGGCCUUGGUGAACGACGCCCCCCGUGCUGCUUCCAUCGUACUGAGAGAGGACAACUGCCACUUUCUGAGAGUGGACAAAGAAGACUUCAACCGGAUACUCAGGGAUGUUGAAGCAAACACAGUGCGUCUAAAAGAGCAUGACCAGGAUGUUCUGGUACUACAGAAGAGUCUCCGUCCCUCCAGCCAUGGAAACAUCCCAGCCCAUUUCAAAUACACUGUGAUGUCAGGCGGCCCAGAGAAGAUUCUGGAGCAUCUGCUGGAGACAAUGCGACUGGACAUUCAUUUCUCUGACCCAGAUCCAGCUCUGGAUGAUUUUGUGCUCAUGCACUGUGUUUUCAUGCCCAACAGCCAGCUGUGCCCUGCCCUUCUGGCCCACUAUCACUCUCAGGCCUCUCAGGGCUCAGAGCAGGAGCGUCUAGACUACGCUGUUGCCAGCAAGAGACGGGUGCUCAGCUUGGCUCUGCGCUGGUCUGCCCUGCAGGGCCACCAUCUGCUGGAGGAUGACACUGCACUCAGCUUUCUGGAGGAGCUGCAUGGGUUCGUAUCAAACGAUGCAAGAGUUUUGCGUCCACUGAAGGAGCUCCUGCCCGAGCUGGAGAGGAUCGUCAAACAGUAUCCAGAUGAUGCACGGACGUCUCAAAAAAAGCAUAAAGUCCUCCUGCGACAGUUCAGCUCUGGAGAGGAAAGGCUUGCAAAAAAGCAGCCAAUACGGAGCUUUGAUGACAUUCUCCUGAAGGUGUACUGCAGCGAUCACACUUACACCACUAUUCGUGUUCCUGUGCUGGCCACGGGGAGAGAGGUGACCGCAGCUGUAGCGGAUAAACUGGGAUCCACCGAAGAGCUGCUUUUGAUAAACCUCAGUGCAUCUGGAGAGAGGCAGAUUUUAAAGCCCAAUGAUGUAUCGGUGUUCCAGUCACUAGGAGUGAACGGCCGAUUGUUUGUCUGCUCCAGAGAACAGCUUGAUUCACUGAAUCCUCUUCCAGAGCAGGAAGGUCCCUCCACUGGCUCUAUGUCCAGUUUUGAGCUGAUGAGCUCUAAAGAUCUGGCUUUCCAGAUGACCCAAUAUGACUGGGAGCUUUUCAGCUGUGUACAUGAGUAUGAGCUGGUGUAUCAUACGUUCGGACGGCAGGCGUACAGGCGCUCUACAGCAAAUCUGGAUCUGUUUCUGAAGCGCUUUAAUCAGGUGCAGCUGUGGGUGGUCACUGAGGUCUGUCUGUGCGGGACGCUCAGCAAACGGGUACAGCUGCUCAAGAAGUUCAUCAAGAUUGCCGCCCACUGUAGAGAGUUUAAGAAUCUGAACUCUUUCUUCGCCAUUAUUAUGGGCAUGUGCAACCCAGCCGUCAGCAGACUCAGCCAGACAUGGGAGAAACUGCCUAGUAAAUUCAAGAAGUUCUACGCAGAGUUUGAGAGUUUACUGGAUCCAUCCAGGAAUCACCGUGCAUACCGCCUCACUGUGGCUAAGAUGGAGCCGCCAAUCAUUCCCUUUAUGCCCCUCCUUAUUAAAGACAUGACAUUCACUCACGAGGGGAAUAAGACUUUUAUUGAUGGACUGGUCAACUUUGAGAAGAUGCGGCUGAUUGCUAAUACAAUCCGGGCAGUGAGGCACUGCAGGAGCCAGCCAUUUAAUGCUGAGGUGUCUCCGGCUAGCAAGAACCCACAGGAAGUGAGGAAUUACGUGCGUCAAUUGAAUGUGAUUGACAACCAGAGAACCUUAUCCCAGCUGUCCUUCAGACUGGAGCCAAGGCGGGGCUGAAGACCAAUUCUCAAGACUUUUUCUCUUGCUUUUGCCUCUUUACAACCACUGUAUAUCCAGUUUACAACAGUACAACUCAAUUUUACAUCUGUCAGCUGCUAGAGCAGUUGAAUGCCGACUGUAUGUGCUAUCACUGCCAACUGAACUACAUGUACAAGAUGCAUUCUCAUACGUAUGAUUGUUUGUGCGCGGGUGCGAGUUG